CUUCGCUUUCUCAGGGAUCGACUUGUCUCGCUCACUCACUUUCUUUUGGUCCUGGUGCGAUUUAUGCGCCCUUCCUGUUGGGGUCCCGUUCCUUCAUCUCGCUCCCGGGAGCUAUGCCUGCGGUUGUCGGAACUACUAUGACUUCCACACCAACUUCGCAAACCGCAGUCAUGGAAUCCUCAGCCGCCGCGGACAAGAAGCGCAAUAAGCUGGGAUACCAUCGCACCUCCGUCGCAUGUGUACAUUGCCGGCGACGAAAGAUCCGAUGUCUUGUGGCGGCCGACGACGCUCAGGGUCGAUGUGAGAAUUGUAUUCGCUUGAAAAAAGAAUGCCAGUUUUUCCCCGUGGAUCAACAGCCUCCAAUCGAAAAGAAACCUCGUCCGAAUUCGAGGUUAGAGACGGCGUCGACCGAUCCAUCCACCGCCUCGUCCUCCCCGCCGACAGUGAGCGGGGGAGAACAAACGGAGGCGUUCUUUCCCUACCAACCCAUACCGUUGAGUUCCGGUCAGGAUGUCACCGCGUUUAGUACUGGAGCGUUCCCUGGAAACCCCAUGACACCGUUUGCGCCAGACCGCAACGUAGGGGCUUCUGAGUUUGCGACGGCGCCGCCUCUCGAUCCAUCUGUACCUUGGGACGAAUUCACCACGAUCUCAGAUCCGCAAUUAUUGGCAAACAUGUCGGCAGGGAAACCACAGAUGGUGAACAUGCCCCCGAAUGUCUGGACCCCGGGCCCAAACGCCAUGGCGACCAUUCCAAUUGCUUCAGGGCUUCCAACACCGACAGUACCAUCGCAACCGCAGACUCUCAGUCCAGCGCCGACGUACACGAUGCAACCGGAUGGAUCAGUCUGGCAAGUGCCCCCCACACGAUCUAUGACAUAUCCCCCGCCGCCAGAAAUGGCCGCAGCACCAUAUCCCAACCCCGGCCAGUUCCAGCAACCGCCCCCAGAUAUGAAUCCCGGCAUGGCCAGCCCAGGGCAACCUUUCCAAGGAAACCACGUUCACCCUCAAAGUCCUCCAUCGACGGAUAUCCAGGCGACGCCGGUUUCCGUAACGUAUCCUGGUGCCCCGGCCGCAAUGGGAUUUCCCGCCUGGCAAGACGUAAACAAUAUGUCGCCCAUGAACGUCGUACAGUAUCAGAUGUAUGCCGGGGAUGCCGCACAACAAGCGUCGUUUGGCAGUCCCCCUAUGGGCCACCCGGGCCAAAGACAGUCUCCCCGAUGACGAGUCAAGGCGUUGGCAAUAAUUUGAGCAAGAAAGAGAAGAAGCUUCCGUUACAUAAUACCCAGUGCAACCUUUUUUGACAUUUAUUCUACAUCUUCUGCGUCUUCUUCUACCCUCCACCUUUUCCAUCGCGGGCAUUUCCUUCACAGCUAAUCAUUAGCGGGCGCAAAGGAUCUUGGGCGGCAUUUUUCAUCUUCGUUUCUUCCAUGAGACCCCCUUCUCUUUUUUUUUUUUUUCCAUCUUUGUUC